CAUUAUGUUAUUCAGAAUCCACUUCAGGACGUCUACAAGAUUGGUGGUAUUGGAACUGUCCCUGUUGGUCGUGUUGAAACUGGUGUCCUUAAACCUGGAAUGGUCGUGACCUUUGGCCCCACUGGUCUAACCACUGAAGUUAAGUCUGUUGAGAUGCACCAUGAAUCCCUCCCGGAGGCUCUAUCUGGUGACAACGUUGGGUUCAAUGUUAAGAAUGUUGUUGUUAAGGAUCUCAAGCGUGGUUAUGUUGCUUCGAACUCAAAGGAUGAUCCUGCCAAAGAGGCAGCCAACUUCACCUCACAAGUCAUUAUCAUGAACCACCCUGUUCAGAUUGAAAAUGGAUAUGCCCCAGUUCUCGACUAUCACACCUCCCACAUUACCGUGAAAUUUGCUGAAUUGUUGACCAAGAUUGACAGGCGAUCUGGGAAGGAGCUUGAGAAGGAGCCCAAGUUCUUGAAGAACCGUGAUGCAGGGAUGAUGAAGAUGGUUCCGACCAAGCCUCUGGUUGUGGAGACAUUCUCGGAGUACCCACCUCUUGGACGUUUCGUUGUGAGGGACAUGCACCAGACCGUUGUUGUUGGCGUCAUCAAGAGCGUCGAAAAGAAGGACUCAACCGGUGCCAAGGUCACCAAAUUUGCCGCCAAGAAGAAGUGAGGUUGCAUUUGAGCAAUAAUUGUGACUGCAAUGAUAGUUUUCUAAAAUCUGCUUUUAUUUCUAAAAUCUGUCAUGUUUUGUUUGAGACCCUGGUCAUCGUUGUUGAAUCUAUCUUUAGUUUGUCUUGCUCAAUUUCCAUAAAAAAAAGAAUCUUCCUCAUGAUGCAACCACAAUGAUGUUGCAAAUGCUCUUCAAUCAAUACCCUGGUUUAAAAGAUGUCAGAAUGGUGGAAACAAAACCAGGUAUUGCCUUUGUGGAGCAUGAAAACGAGAUGCAAUCAACAGUUGCGAUGCAGGCACUACGAGGUUUCAAGAUGUAGCAAAACCAGAUGUUGAUUACUUAUGCAAAAAAGUAGACGGAAAGCCCGAAAUAGUCUUCUUCUCUUGCAUUCAACUUGAGAAGAAGGCCAUGUGUAUGGACCAUGGAUGAUGGUCAAUUAGAUGGCAAUUGCCAUCUAUUCUAAUAGUUGUUUUGUGACAUUCUCUUUAACUAGAGCUUCAGGAUUGUUACUAUAGAUUGUUUACCGGAUGUUUAUGUUUUAAUCUAUGAAUUAUUAUUAAAUUCUCUAUG